AUGUGCUUCUUUCUGAAUCUCGGCACAGCUAUCAAAGCGACAGUUGCGGCCGUCAUCCUUUCGGAGAUUGUUGUGGCAUUUCUGCCAGAUCCCUCCCUUAGUGUGAUGUAUUUCGCUGUGAUGGAUAUUCCCAUGCUCGCCUUCCUCUUGGCUUUCUUUUUCGGUCACCGACUCACGUGUGGGCUUUGGUGCCCCAACCUGUGGGUGGACAGGCUCUGCGUUCAUCAGACGGACCCCUUAUACAAGUCCAAAGGCAUAGAGGGCCUGCCUACAUUCGUGGCCUGCUCUUCGCAGUUGCUGAUGCUGUGGGAUCAGACUUACUUCGAUCGUCUGUGGUGCAUGCUGGAGUUGUCGAUCUUUGUGAAGUGCCGUGGUCUCAAGGGGUUACGGUUCGUUCCUCUGUGGCUGCCGCCCUGGCUGCUUGGCCAAAUGCUGUUUGCCUACAUUGGGUCACGGCUACUGGCAAUUGCCGUUGCCUGUGCCCCGGACUCUGGCAUAAACGACACUGCGACCUACCGCGCCGUCUACGGGGAUACCUUUCAAUGGGGAGUGCAGCGUUGUUUGUCUUAUUUGCGGGACUGCCAGAGCUAUCUUGUCUUCCUUGUUCCCUCUGUGGUAAUCAGUGUUGUUUUUAUGCCGCGGAAGAUAGAGGGGCACAAGCUGAUGCUGGAGAACAUGCGAUUGUUCGACAUCCGGGAUGCGAAGUGUGCUCUCGAGAGCGACCGCCGCACCAUUCAGAUGCAGGUCGCCGAGCUCUUCGAUGGACUUGAGGAGCCCACGGUAUCCGUAGCCCUCGAUACUGAAAGCACAUGCGAGAGCUGGGACGAUGAGGUGGCACUGCUCCACAGCUACGACCCAGUCCUUUCCCAUGCCAAUCGUUUGGCGGCGCGUGCUGCCACCGGCUGCCCAGACCUGGAAGCCUGCCUCAAGUCUUUCAACGAAUACAUCCGUACAGAACUUAGCAAAGCCAUCGUCGAGGAGUUCGGAAGUGAGCUGGACCUGCCCUGGGCGAUCUGUGCACUGACCUGCCUGCCACAUACCCUGGGCUUCAUUGGCUUGUCCUGGGCUGGGAGACCUCUCUUCGACAAGCUCGGUUUCGAAUCUCUCGGGCAGUAUUUGAUCAUCACGAUGCUCCAGUACUGCAGCCUCGGUGUACUCUUUUUGCCUGUGGCUCACCCUAUCUUGCUGCGAGUCAUGAACUGGCUUGCUGCUGGACCAGCAGUGCUAUCGAGCAUAGCAGCGUUCGGCAUGGGAGUUCUUACUUACAGCUUCCUGCUUUACUUCGACACCUUCGCGGCAGGGGCCGUGGAAGCUUUUGGUCUGACGAUGCAUCCAGCCUUUCUUUUUGCCUACCUGCUGUCUCUGUCCUUGAUCGCCUUCAUACACUUCCAGCUGUUCGGUCGUCCAAGAUGGCAGGUGCAGCGCAAGAUCCCAGCCGAUGCUGAAGACUAG